ACUCGUAUUUUCUUGCCGAUUGGGUGCUUUUGCUUCGAGGAUUCAGUUGUAUUUUUGCUCUCUAUGUAAGCGAACGUGUAUGCCGUGCGUGGACGUGUUAUAACGGUUUUUGGUUUUUGCUGGUCGUUCACUUUUUACGGUUAACUAAUCAGUACUUGUAAUAAGCGCACGGGAAUUUUGGGAACCGAUCGGAAAUAUUUUCGAAAUGAUAUAGUAUCUAUCCAGUGUGCGAUAUUAAUUUGAGUGUAGUGAAACAUGAGAUUUUCAAGUGAUUUGGAAUUGUGAAAUGGUUACAAAACCUUUUUAUUGUCGGAAAUAAAAAAUAUAUAUCACAAUAUAGUUCUCUUGCAUUUAUGUAUGGACAUAUCAGCAAAUAGCCGAUCUAAUUGUGGAAUAAUUUUAAGCGAAAUAUUCAAACCAUCCACAACAACAAGCAGCAAGCAGUACCACCAAAGUCCAGCAGCUCUAAAAAUAUGCCAACAAAUUCAAUAAUUCCACCGGCGUUAUAGCAAUCCAUAAGAGCUGCCACAGUAUUUGAAACAUAAAGACUAUUUGAGAUAACAAAGCCGUGUUUUAGAAAAUGCAGCUUAAUCACUUACUAAAUUGGGCAAUAAGCUGCGCUUUUGUUUGUCUGCUGACAGUGGAUUUCGUUACAUCACUGCGAGAUGUGCGCGUCAAAAUUCCCCAUGCCGCGCGACGCGGUGAAAAGGUGACACUAAAGUGUCUCUAUGAUCUUGAGGGCGACAGUCUGUACUCAGUGAAAUGGUAUAAAGGACGGCGCGAAUUCUACAGUUUCACGCCGAAAGAAACGCCAGCAAUUAAAGUCUACCAGAUAACGGGCGUGAGAGUAGAGCGUUCGGCGUCCAAUGAGAGCCAAUUGGUACUGGACUCGGUUACUGUCUCCACCACUGGCAAAUAUAGUUGUGAAGUGUCAGCAGAUGCGCCAUCCUUUCACACGGAGAUCUCGGCCGGUGAACUGGAAGUGGUUGAAGUACCGGGAAAGGAUCCAGCUAUUUCCGGCAUAAAAUCACGUUAUCGUGUUGGUGACAUAGUACGUGGCAAUUGCACGUCGCGGCAUUCCAAGCCAGCGGCAAAUCUAACCUGGACCAUUAAUGGACGAGAGACCAAUCCCUCUCACAUACGCCAUCACAAGCCCAUGCGAGAAGCGCGCGAACUGGAAACAGCCGUUUCGGGCAUCCACUUCGUGAUCACACCGCAGCAUUUCAGUGCAGGAAAAUUGAAGAUACGCUGCACUGCACACAUUCACGAUGUCUACUGGAAGUCGACAGAGAAAUCGAUUGAGGAAGAGCGCCACAAACACAACAUCAACUCGGUUAAUACAUUUUCAGAUGAUUACUUUGAUUCGGAGGAUGAGCAACUGAUAGAUCGAUCGGACACAUACACGACGCAUAUCAAAGGUGCCGUCUCAUCCUUGAAUGCCAAUGGCGCAACACAACAACAUUGUCAUUGCCUGUCAUUGCUGGUGCGCUGGGCGACAGUGGCGCUGGCGGCUUGGCAUGCUACGCGAUAUUUUCACCAAUUAUGCCGGCAAUUGUUUGUUUGGCGUGAAACAAUGGCGUCAAAAGGAACAACAAUGCAAGCAAUCAGAACAACAACAACAGCAGCUACAACAACCAUAGUGUAUAAUAGGACCCACGCGCGAGCCAAAGGGCAACUAUUAAGUGGGACAAGUGCUGACGAGGCAACUUCAAAAGCUGCCGUAAUGACAACACAAGCCCGAAAUACAACAAUAGCAACAACAAGAACAGCAGCAGCAGUUGCAGCAAUGACUGCUUGCCGCAGCAACUGGGCAGUCGCUGUCGCGCAAACAAAAUAUCGAACGCGAAAUGAAACGACGAGUUCACAAUUAAUAGAGAGCAUAAACGUGCAGCAACAAUUAGAGCGCCGACAACAACAGCACCGGCAGCAGCAGCAACAUAUAGUUGGCUUUGAAAAAAGGCCAGCAACACAAAAGCUUGCACUACAACUACAAAAGCACUCGCCGAAAGGGGCGGCAACACUGCCAACAAUGCGAAUAGCAAUUAAAGCGAAAACAGCUAAAACAACAGCAACAACAAAUGCCGCUGUUGCAGCAAAGCUGUUGCUUGCGCAUGCAACGGCAACAGCAACAUGAUUCCAACGUCUGUAGAAUUCGAGUAUACAUAUAUAGUAGAUAAAACCAAAAUAAAAUCACAAAAACCAAAAUAAAAUCAUAAAAAAGUUGUGUGGAGUGGCCGAGCGAAGCACGACGCACUUCGUUGACACAAAAAUUUAUUCUCUUCGGCAUUGGUGAUGAGUUCUUCUCGCAUUCUCCUAGGCUUACUUAAACUACUCUUAAAACCCAACUGAAUUUGCAUCGAAUGUGUGUUUUAGGCAUUCAUUUUCCGAAAAUUUCGAAAAACGAACGCCUAAAGCGAUUUAGAAUUUGAGUUUUUCAGACGAAAACUAAAAAGGCCAUAAGCCAUUUGAUGUUGUUAGCCGCCAGCAGUUUGUGUGCAAGCAAUUAAUGCAUAGGCAACUAACAGUUAUAGAACACUAAUAACACUAGGCGUGUGCCACACAAAGUUACAAACACACACAUACAUACAUAUGUGUAAAGAAAAACUAUUACUCAAACACUCAUAUUACACAUGUACAUAGUUACGAACGUACGUACAUAUGUUGUACUUCCAAUUAUGUAGACGAUCAAACUGCUAAUUUCCCCUUGUAAUUGAAACCAAUAAUUUGAUUUUGUUUUGAAAAUCCAAUACAAAUAUCAAUUAUAAACGCUUAAUUUACCGACUGAAGUAUUUUGGUGUUUACACUUUUUUAUCCGACCACUAAAUAGGCGUUGUUAUUGCAUGUUUAUUGAUUACUAAAAUUAUUUUGUUAUGAUUUUCAAUAUUGAUUAUUAAGGUAAGUACUCAUACUCGUGCAAAUAUGUACAUAAAGAAUCAAAAAAAUAAUGGUAAUAAUAAAAAAAACAGAAAAAUGUAUUAUUAGCAACCUAAACCACUCAAAACUCCAUACUACAGUUAUUAAUUACUUUACCUUUAUACUUAUAUACAAAUAUACGCUCAAGUAUAAAACUCAUUUAUGUACUUGUAACCAAUUUGUAAAUGUGUGCCGAUAUAAGUACUUAAAAAAAAUAUAUUCUUUUUUUCGCGGAGCAGUGAGAUGUACUUUUUCUGCUAUAUUUUCUAAAAAAUUUGAUUUCGUUUUUUUUUUUGAUGAUACUUUGUUUUGGAUUUUAGGUGACGAUAUAAAUAUUAAUUUAUAAAAGCCUAUCUUUACAAGGUCUGUCCUAAAUAUAUUAAACAAGCUUUUUGUGCAUCCAUUGUGACAAAAAAUUACACGAAAAUUGUAAAUAAAACAUAACCUAUUUAAUUAUUCAAUAUUAUUUAUUUUGCCGCCUUUAAAGUAAUCCCCACCAGUUGAAAUACACUUAUGCUAACGAUUUUCCCAGUUCUCGAAACACUUUUCUUAAGUAUUUUUUGGAGUCGCCUUCAGCUCUUUCAGCGAGUUUUGUUUAAUCUUUUCGAUCGAGUAGAAACGGGUUCGACGGAGCGACAAUUUCAAGUUGGGGAACAAAAAAAAAUUACACGGAACUAAAUGUAAUGAAUACAGUGGUUGAUCGCUGGUGUUCAUUUCGAUCGAUAUUCUCACGCAAACGCCUCAAUACGGCCAAAUAGAGCUCCUUAUUAACCGUCUGUCCCUUCGAAACAAAUUCAUGAUGCACGAAAACACGAAUAUCGGAAGAAAUACUCGUACUAGCCAUUAGCUUAAUAUUUGAGCAGCUUUGGCGUGUUUUUUUUGGUUUCGGGUCGGUUUUUCCUUCUAUUCCGAUGAUUGUUGUUUUGCUUGCAUGCCAAACUCAUGAACCAUAUCUCAUCGGUAGUUAAUGCUCUCCUUGAAUUUGGGAUCGGAAUUCGCAAGAUCAAGUAUAUCCAAAGAGACUUUUUUAUGGUACUCUUUUGGAAAAAAAGCUUUAUCGGCUUUAUAGAAGCGAGUCGAGUAAAAAUGCGUUUCAUACCCAAAAUAUCCACUAAAAUCAUUCGAAUGAACUCGUGAAAGAUGUCGAGCUCUCUUUCCGUCUUUCUAAUAUUUGCCUGACGACAUUCAAACACCAUAUCCUUCAUUUUUUUUAUUAAUUUCAGCACUUGAAGAGGUCGAGAUCGUCCAGAACGAGGCAUGUCUUCACCGAUCUCUCGACCGUCUUUGAAAGUUUUGUGCCACUCGCAGGUUUGUGUUUUAAGCAUAACAUAGCAUUGUAGCUGAUGUUCCACAGGAUUCUAAAACUUUUUUCUAGAGCUACGAUCAUGUCCAUCUAGUGCUGUUGAAGGCGUUUCGAACAUCGGCGGUCGCUCGCUUUGAGUCUGGGUUUAAGUACUUUCAUAAAGCUCUCCUAUUAUGUAGAGCUUGCAUCGUCCACUAUAAGUUAAUGACCAGCUUACUCAUUGUUUUUUGCAGAGUUCAGUGUGUAAGUAUAUUCCUACGAAGUCGGAAGAAGUGCAGCGAUUAUUUUAAGGAUUUCUGCUAGGAUACGGUCCGGGCCGGGGUGAUUAAGAUGAAGUGAUGGAUUUGUAGAAGUUUUAUGGUUUGAUCUGAACCACUAGUCUUUCUUUCAUGUGUGUGAAAUAGUAAGCUUUUGACAGCGGUUAUGGCAUGUGGCUUUGCUCAAACUCCGAGUUUUUUCAUUGCUAUUUUAUGUCCGAGUCUCCAGGAAUUUUUGUUAACAUCCUCACAUAGUUUUCCCCAUUUUUCCAGUUUGCUCUCAGCGAUGGCACGCCUAAGCUUUUUGCUGCAAAUUCUUAAUAAAUAACAGGACCACACUUUGUAGAGUUCCAUAAAAUUAAUUAAAAAGUGCAUAAGUUCAUAAUGUACAGAUACCACUGUAUUGAUAUAUUCGAAAAAUUUUUUUUUUACAAUUCUUUGAAGUUUAUUCAAAUCGCAUUUUUUUCAAUUUUCUGAAAAGCGUUUUUUUUACUUAAUUUUACCUAAAAAUAAUCCAAAGUCCUAAUAACUUUCAUUAAACGAUUUCGUGGUGAAUCCAGAGAAUAAAAAUAAAAAAAUAUGAAAAUAAAAAUUAAAAAAUAAAAAUAUAAAUAAAAAAUUAAUAUUUGUAUAUGUAUAGGUAAGUAAAGAUAUUUACUUUGUUAAACAACCCUAAGCAGGUUUCCCUUAUAAAAAGACGAAUAGAGUUUUAGAUAACCGAAACAAAAAACUUUAACGCAUAAGCCAAAGAGGAAAUCAAAAUAAAAACUGAAACAAAAAACAUAAAUUUAAUUAAAACUAAAUUAAAUAGCAAAUAUUUUUUUGUAAGUACUGAAGGCUGCAGUUCAAUGUAUAAAACAUUACUAACAAUAUUUAUUAUAAAACGAUAUAAGAAUAUAUAAAUAUGGAAAAUAAAUAUUUACUUAAAAAGUAGCGCUAAUUGUAGACCACUUCGAGAUACAAAUGUUGUGAAAAUAAUGCAAAAUAUCGCAUUAUGAUGAAGUUCGUUGUAACUUAAUAUAUAGAUACUGUAAACAAAUACAAAACUACUAAAAAUUAAAAAAAAAAAAACAGAAAAAAAAAUAAAUAUAAUAAAUAAAAUAUUCACAAAAGUAUGCUCAUCUCGAAAGAUAUUAUAAGGUCGUGCAAGGGAAGCAGAAAGCUACUUGCAACCAAACUUUAAAUUUAAGCUUUUUGCCUUUCCAACGAUAACACUGUUAUUUUCACGUUUUAUUUUUCUUUUAGAGGCUAAAAUUGUACUUUACGAUUAGCUAAAACAAAUCGCUGUAAAUUAACAAAGCAAAACUCGCACAUUUCUAGAUUUUAAGACGCGCACACAACUUUCAGUUACUUACCAGGUAGUUAGUAGAUAAAAAAUUAGAAUUUUCUUUAUAGAGCGCACUUGGUUAUGCCGAACAGAAAACGACUCAGCUAUAAAUAUAAUUAUAUAGGAAAUAAAAAAAUAUAUAUAAACUUGUAAAGUAAAGUAAUAUAUAAAUAAAUAUUUGAGAUUAAAUAAAUAACACUUUAUUUUGUAAAAAGCCGAAAAAGUUGGAAAAUAGCAUACAGUCGACAAAAAAGUUUGGACUGACAUGCGCAAGAGUAUUGUGUAUAAAACAAGCUUAAAUAAUGAACUGUAUUUAAAAGAAGACCUAUAUAUAUACAUACAUACAAACAUAUAUUAUAUAAUUGUAUAAAUAUAGCAUUAGCAUUAAUGUAUUACUACAAAUAAACUGCAAAUAUGUAUUUAUGGGAAUAAUAUUUAUGUAUGGUAUAUGAAAGCAAAUGUUAAUCCAUUAGCCUCCCGCAGCAACACUUAAUAAAAUUAUGAAAAGCGUUAAACCAAAGAGUAAACUGUGUGUUUUCCAUUAAAAACAUUUUUUCCGCGCAUUUGUGCAACACAAAUGUAUAAUCAUAUUUUCCUCGAAUAAAUGCAUACAAAUGCUGCUGCAACAACAUUAACACAAAAAAAAAACAAAAACACAAAUACAAAUAUAUUUACAUACAUACAUAAACUUUUUGUGAAAACAUGUCUAUAUUAUCAUGCCAAACAUAAUUACAAUGUAUUAUAUAACCACGCACACAUACAAACAUAUACAAUUACCAUAUAAAUACACACACACAAACACACAGUUAUUGUGAAAACACUAAAGCAACUGUCAGAGUAUGCAGAAAAGUACCGUUAAAAAACGCAUAAUUAUUUGCUGCGUAUGUGUGCGUUUCAUGCGCGCCGUACACGAGUGAAUUCGUUAUUUUAUUAAAUGCAAAUAUUUCAGUUAUAAUUAAAUUAAGUGCUCAAAAAACUGAUAAAUAUUUACAAAAAGCUCCCCUGACGCAAAAAUUUACACCGCAUAAUUAUGAUUUAUCCGUAAAUAAUUAACCCGUUUUCGCCGACUUAUGGACCCCCCGAGAAAAAAGCAUUUAAAAUUU